AUGUCCCUGAAAACUGAUAGUAGUGCAUCAGUGAAAAACUUUCGUAAAAUCUAUUGCCUCCUAAGCGAUCUCACAAAAAUUGUUAACAGUGCUUAUGGUCUAUACAGCCUCUUAGAAGUGACUUGCUCCUUCGUUAAUAUUGUCGCAUUGUUCUACACAAUCACGGUUUUGCUGCUACAAUUAAAUGGUAUGUCAUCUACAUCACUGAAUAACUGUGUUAUAUUGUUGCAAUGGACUGUGAUGCUGGUUUGCCGAUUCUUCAGUAUAGCUUACAGCAGUGACGUAGUUGUUGAAGAAGCCAAUCGUACACAGCGGCUGGUCACCAAACUUCAGUUGCUGCCCCUGUCUGCUGGCUGUCGUUGUCAGGAAGAGCUGCAGCUAUUUGGGGAACAGCUGGUGCGCAGCACAAUCCACUACAGUGCAGCUGGGCUCUUCACGCUGGAUCUGUCGUUGCUGAAGGGCAUCGUGGCGGCUGUGACGACGUACCUCGUCAUCCUUGUCCAGUUCAAACUUUCUGAAAAGGAUAAGUAG